AUGGAUCCUCUCACUGCUUUAUCGCUUGCUAGCAAUAUAAUCCAGCUGAUCGACUUCACGAGCCGCGUUGUCUCGAACUGUCGGGGCAUAUACAAAUCUGCGGACGGGGCGCUCCCUGAACAUCGUGAUCUCGAGCUUGUUACAGAAGACAUACAACGCCUCAGCAAGCGUCUCGCAGAAAAAUGUGGGGCGUCUAAGAUGGAACAAGAGCAGAAUCAAUCACUUAGAGCCUUAUCCGAGGCAUGUAUCAGCGUGUCGAAUGAGAUCCUACAAUACCUGGAUAAGCACAAGGUUGAAGGAGGCACACCUGGACAGAGAAAGUGGAGGAGCUUCAGAGAAUCUCUAGAGACGGUGUGGAGUAAGAAAGACUUGGAAGGUCUUGCAUCUAGGUUAAAUCAUCUCAAUGCCGAGAUGAGCCUACAUAUUUUGGUCGCUUUCAAGGAACAGUUUGAUCUCGAAGCUAUCCGGAAUUCACGAAGGUUCGAAUGGCUUGAUUACAACACAAAAUACAUGGUCAAGGAAUUGUCGCAAAAUCGGUUGGUGCUCGAUGAUAAGCUCGAUAAACAGGCUGCGGAAGAACAGCAUGCGAAGACUCGGCAAAUUAUCAUCGACGCUGUGAGACACUACUUGCAGGAUGAGUCGAAGCGGGCAAAGCCAGUUGAGAAGCUGAAUAACUUCGAUAUGUUGGGGGAAGAGAUUCUUGAAAAGAACGAUCAUGUCUAUGACCAGCCCGAAGAGGACGACUUUCACUCAACUUUCAAAGAAAGACAGGAGCGAAAGCAAAAACUGCUGGAAGAGAAGGCAGAAGCGGUGAGAAUUGGUUUGGAAAAGAUGCGGAUUAAAUGCGAAGUCGAGUUCAGGCGGUCGAUUCUGGCUAGUCUGACAUAUCCCACAACGGACAACCGAUCAUUGGCAAUUCCUGAUGCUCACACACAGACUUUUGACUGGAUUUUUGGCGAAGCAUUUGCAGAUGAAACUCCGUGGAGUAGUUUCCGACAAUGGCUAACAAAAGGCUCUGGUAUCUAUUGGAUUAAUGGCAAAGCGGGUUCUGGGAAGUCGACACUCAUGCGCCAUAUAUCUAGGGAUCCAAGAACAAGAUCCAUGCUACAGAAAUGGAGCAAUGACGAGAACGAUGUGACAGUAGCAGAUUUCUUCUUUUGGAACGGCGGGGGAUCGGAUCAAUCCUCUCAGCUAGGCUUGCUGAGAGCUGUCGUAUAUAAAAUUCUCUCGAAAAAUGAGAAGCUGGUUCCUGUCCUCUUCCCCACUCGAUAUCAAAACUUCCCGGACUCUUUAAUCGAAGAUUACGAGUUUCAACAUAUACUCACAUCCGAGAGACACCACCGUUGGACAAUUCUUGAAUUGAAGCAGGCUUUCCAGCGCCUCUUGCGAGAAGAUUUUGGGUAUCUUUGUUUGUUCAUAGACGGACUCGACGAGUACUCCGGAGAUCCAAUAGAUACAAUAACGUGGUUCAAGUCCACUAUAUCUCGAAAAAUUAAGAUCUGCAUAUCCAGUCGCCCAUGGGUGGUGUUUGAAGAAGCAUUCUCCUAUUGUCCUCAAUUGAAGCUCCAGGAUUUGACCAGAGGGGACAUCGAGACCUACAUCAACGAUACAUUGUGCAGAAACAAGAAAAUGAAGGAGCUCUACAUCUCAGAAGCCCUUGAAGCGCCCCGACUAGUUCAAGAGAUAAUUGCCAAAGCAUCUGGCGUGUUCCUGUGGGUCAGACUGGUUGUCACAUCUCUUCUUCGAGGAUUGAUGAAUCGCGACAAAAUCAGGGACCUUCAACGGAGACUGGAUCUUUUGCCAGAUGAGUUGGAAGCUCUUUUCACGUACAUGCUCAAAUUGGUUGAGCCAAUCUACUUACAGGAAGGCUCUCAGAUUUUGCAAAUCAUGCUCAUGUACCAACAUAUAUCAACCCUUCUUCAUGAGGAUCACCCUCAGGGAGACGGACUUUCCGCCAUCGAACUCUCCUUAACCUUUAAUUCAAAUGAACACGAGGUCAUUCAAAGUCAAGUUCAGUUGAUGCCAGAUACUGAGGUUGCCGAUCGAGUUGACGACGUUGACUGUCGUCUCAAAGUGCGCUGCGCAGGUCUUCUGGAGAUACCUAGCUAUUGGCAACGUGACUCCUGUCCACACACGGGCAGGAUAUUCUCUACAAAGAUUGGUGGCGCACGUAUUCAGUGGCUUCAUCGGACAGUGAAAGACUUUCUGGAAACCGAUGGUGGCAGACAAAUGCUACAGGAGAACACGCUUGAUGAGACAAAGAAGCGUUUCAGUCCAUGUCAAGCCUUAUUAUAUGCAAGCAUACUGCACCUGAAGCGCUGGUAUGGGAAUAUACCCGUGAUUUCUGGCGUCCACCCAAUGGCAGGUCUCGUUGCUCGAUCGAUGGCAACGGCUUAUCAAACAGAGAUUGAAACCUCUCAACCACAACUACAAGUCCUUGAAGAAUUCGACAGAACGGUUCAGCAAUUGCUUUUAGGCUCGGGAUCUGUGGACUGUCAUUGGGUGCAACAGCAGUAUCGCGAGGAGAAAAUGUAUGACUUCGUUUCGCUUACUGAGAAGUACAAUUUAAAGCAUUUCAUUUGCGCAAAACUCCUUGAAAGCGCGGACAAGCCCGUGGAAAUUUCAAUAAAUCCAAAAGCGCCUUACUUGAGCUACCUUGACUGGUCAAAACCCGCGCACUUCCCACUACCAGAGGCGUCGUAUUCAUACCUCUCCAAGAACAGGAAACUAUUGUCGAUAAUGCUUCGGAAGGGAUGUGAUCCCAAUAUGCCGUGUGGCGACGAGAGAUCGGGAUGGCACCAAGCCCUACAAGCACUACUUGAGCAAUCUCCAAUCCGAGACGAAGGAGCUGCGUGGAUUUCUAUUGUCGAGUCAUUUCUAAAGCACCAUGCUGACCCACGAACAAGUUUGAUUUUGGAUGGUCACGCGCACAGCCCUCGCACCAUUGUCAUGAAUGCGUUCUCAAGAGACUUCCCAAGCGCAUGCGACUCUUUGUUAACUAUGAUGCCAGCACCCAAAGUGCAAGCAAAGCCACGUCGAAUGGCUGGAUCAUGGCUGACUCGUACAUUCUCUCGGCGACGUGUAGGUUAA